CAUUUAUGAUAUGAGCCAUUUGCCCCCACUCCUCUAGUGGCCGGCCUUAUAGAGAAAAUAAAACUGUUUUUGAGUUGCGCAACCGCUGCCUGCGACACCACCGAUGAGUCGGCUCUUGCUGCCUACGCUUUUCUCAAUCUCUAGAAAACAGGUUCUAGCUGCGUCAUCCUUCCACAAUCUGUACGGACGACGUCACAGGAGCUUUGUUUAUUGGACGAGCGCUGCUAUGUCGCAAGAUAGUGCAAUUGGUGACUCUGCUUCUGGAGCUAAAACAUUCUGCUCCUCCCUACAAGAUUUAUCAGCAAAAAAGUGUGUCCCAUGCAACGCUAAGGAUCUACACCCCAUGACUGAACAAAGUGCCCAAGAACUACUUCAGAAGGUUGCUGGAUGGGAUAUGGCUAAUGACAAUGGCACAUUAAAGCUGCAUCGAUCGUGGACAGUGAAAAGUUUUACAAAAGGACUAGACUUCUUCAAACGUGUAGCUGAUAUCGCUGAAUCAGAAGGUCAUCACCCAGAUUUGCAUCUGGUAGGCUGGAAUAAUGUGAAGAUCGACAUAUGGACACAUGCCAUAGGUGGUUUGACCGAGAACGACUUCAUUCUAGCUGCUAAGAUCAACGAGCUCCAAGUGGAAGAUCUUCUGAGGAAGAAGAAAGUUGCCAAAUGAGGAAUGUGUUGUUGGUUUACAAACUCUGUCAAAGAAGCUUUAGAUCUAUGCAAGAUAAGAAUAAAUAAGUGAGCUAGGGUGACAUUUUUAUGUUUCUCCAGCGUCUAUGGUUCUUGUAAAGCUGUUUCUGUUCUUACGAUCACAAAAGGCACAAAUAAGGCAGUUUGGAAGCAAGUACCGUUUAUUAUAAUAGCAAAUUAAUAAUUUCAUAUAUACAAUAAA